AUGGGUGAUAACCUGGUGUACGCCGUUCGAUCAAGUCAAGGCUUCUACUUGAAGCGCGGGUUGGGGACAGAUGCAGUGACAGUCUUCGAGCAAAACAAUUCAUCAAAAGAAGUUGCCUGUAAUGUGUUCGCAUACAGCAAUAACGGACAGCUGUUCGCCUACUGCGAUAAUCAAGUAACACGGGUAUUCGAGAUCGCAACACACAAAGAAAUUCUCUGCGUGGAGCUGAAAAGAACACGGAAAAUCUUGUUCUCUCCCAGAGACAACUACUUGCUGACUUUCGAGCCAUGGGCUAUCUAUGGAGCAAAGACAUCAGAAAAUCAAAAGCCUGAGCCGAAUGUUCGAGUUUUCAGUCUGGCUGACGGAAGACACGUAUCAACAUUUUCUGCUCCAAAAGAAGCUUCAUGGGAGCCACAAUUCUCCGACGAUGAGGCUUUGGCCGCUCGGAUGGUUGGAAGCGAGAUCUUUUUCUACAACGGCAUGUCCUUCGAUAGAUAUGAACACAAACUUGUGGAAAAGGGAGCCACGAGCUUCUCACUGAGUCCAGGAAAUUGUCCAAAUCACGUCGCUGUUUACGUUCCAGCUGUCGGAUCCAAUCCGGCACGCGUUCGUGUUCACAAAGUGUCAACCGGCUUCCCAGUCGUUGGCAAUCGCACGUUCUACAAAUCAGACAAGGCAGUGGUCACCUGGAAUCCACGUGGAAAUGCUCUUCUGAUUCUCGCCUCGGUCGAUGUAGACAAGACGAAUCAGUCAUAUUAUGGAGAACAGAGUCUGUACCUGAUCAACAUUCAAUCAGGAGACUCAGUGAUCGUUCCACUUGAGAAACAAGGACCAAUUUACGCUGCAAAGUGGAAUCCAAAUGGACGCGAGUUCGCUGUUUGCUAUGGUUACAUGCCAGCAAAAGUGACUUUCUACAAUCCAAAAGGUGUUCCAAUCUUUGAUAUGGCUGAAGGACCAAGAAACGACAUAUUCUAUAACGCAUUUGGAAACAUCGUUCUUGUUUGCGGUUUCGGAAACAUCUCAAAGGGAAAAAUGGAGUUCUGGGAUGCGGAAAAUAAGAAGGAGAUCAUUUCGAUUGAAGUUCCAAAUACAACUCUCUUCGACUGGGCUCCAGAUGGCCAACACUUUGUCACGUGUACCACUGCUCCACGUCUCCGCAUCGACAAUUGCUACCGGUUCUGGCAUUAUACGGGUCGCAUGCUUGCUGAAACCCACUUCGACUCUCCAAAAGAAGAACUUUGGGAAGUGCGGUGGCGUCCAAUGAUGGGCUACAACAAGUUCGCCAUAAAGGAGCUUACCAAGACCGACAAGAUGGCCGCUGGUCUCCCCAUUAAGAAGAAGGAUGCUUCUCAUCCUUUGAACAACGUUCCAGCCGGAGCGGUUCGUCAAGCUGGUGCUUACAUUCCACCUCAUCUCAGGAAACCACUAGGAGGUGGUGGAGCAGCUGGCCCACCAUCGGCUCCUGCCGCUGCCAAUGGAAACCAGAAUCAUCGGCCAGCGCCACAAAGGACAAAUGGAAACGGAAACGUUCCUCAGCCAUUCCGCCCACAACAGUCGGAUCAAGACCGUAAACUGUUCCAGCUAAAAAAGAAGGUUGAUGAGAUUCAGGUUCUCAAACAAAAACAAGCCAAUGGUGACCAUCUCCAACCGAAUCAGAUGGAAAAGAUCAAGCGUGAAGAAGAAUAUCUCGCUGACAUUGCCAAGCUGACGAUCUAA